AUGUCAGAGGCCAAGCCUGUUCCCUCUCCCUCUGUCUCUGUUCCCUCUCCCUCUGUCUCUGCCACCGCCAUGAAGCCAAAGGAGGUGGCGAGUGGCUCCAAAGCCUGCAAGCCUGUGGGGCCCAGAGUCACCAAGCUGAUCAUCCAGGCCGUGUCCACCUCCCAGGGGCACAAGGGGCUCUCCUUCACUGCACUCAAGAAGGUGCUGGCCGCGGGCCACUACGAUGUCAAGAAGAACAUCAGGCGUAUCAAACUGGGGCUGAAGAACCUCACCAGCAAGGGCAUCCUGGUGCGGAUCAAGGGCACCGGCGCCUCCAGCUCUUUCCAGUUGAAGAAGAAGCUGGGUAAGAGAAAAGAAAAGCUAACCAAGAAAAAGCCAGCUGCCAAGCCCAAGAAGCUGGCGGCCAACAAUCCCACCAGCGCUGCCAAGAAGCCCAAGAAAGUGGUGGCAGCAGCCAAGAGCCCUAAAAAGUUGAAGAAGCCGGUGGCUGCAGCAGCUAAGAAAGUGGCCAAGAGUCCCAAGAAAGCUGAAAAGGCAAGUCACCCUAAAAAGGCAGCCAAGAGACUGGCUAUGGCAAAAGUGGUGAAGCCCAAAGCAGGAAAGCCUAAGGCAGCCAAACCCGAAGCAGCCAAGGGAAAGAAGGUGGCACCAAAAAAGAAGUAA